AUGGCCUCUCACGCCAUCCUCAACCCCACCGCCAUCCCGGACCUCGACUCUAUCAAGACCUGGGGUCUUGAAGGGCUCACCAAGGCCAACUUUAGCUUUACUUUCGACACCAAAACCACCACCGCCACCCUCCUCACUCUCCUUCUCUCCAUUCUCGUUCUCGAGCAGGUCGUCUAUCGCUCCAAAAAGGCCCACUUGCCGGGAAACAAAUGGACCAUUCCCCUCAUCGGCGCGUUUGCCGACUCUUUGAACCCUACUUUGGCCAACUACAAGGCGCAGUGGGACUCUGGAGCGCUCAGUGCUGUUUCCGUCUUCAACAUUUUUAUUGUCAUCGGUUCCAGUAACGAGAUGGCCAGGAAGAUCAUGAACUCGCCCAACCACGCUGAACCCUGCCUCGUCGCUUCCGCCAAGAAGGUGCUCCUCCCCGAGAACUGGGUCUUUGGCCACGGCAAGGGCCACGCCGACUACCGAAAGGCUCUCAACGUCCUCUUCACCAAGCAGGCCUUGUCCACCUACCUUCCCAUUCAAGAAAAGAUUUACCGAUCCUACUUUACCAAGUGGAUGACCGACCCCCAACCUGCCUUUCCCUACAUGAUGCCCAUGCGUGAUCUCAACAUGGACACCUCGCUCUCCGUCUUCUGCGGCCCCUACAUCUCUGAAGAAGAGAAGAUGGACAUCAACAAAAAGUACUGGCUCAUUACUCUCGCCCUCGAGCUGGUCAAUUUCCCCUUUGCCAUCCCCGGCACCAAGGUCUACAAUGCCAUCCAGGCCCGAAAGACUGUCAUGAAGGUUUUGACCAGAUCGAGCGCGGAGAGCAAGAUCAAGAUGGCCGACUUUGCCAACGAGCCCGAGUGCUUGUUGGACGAGUGGACUAGGGCCAUGAUCAACGCUCAGAAGGCUCAGGACGACGGAGAGACCACCAAGCUCCUCCAGCGCGAGUACAGCGACCACGAGAUUGCCAUGGUCCUCCUCUCCUUCCUCUUUGCUUCCCAGGACGCCAUGUCUUCUGCCAUCGUCUACUCUUUCCAGCUCACCGCCGACCACCCUGAAGUACUUGCCAAGAUCAGGGAGGAGCAGUACAGGAUCAGGGGUAACGACCUCGAGAGGGGUUUGACGCUGGACAUGAUUGACGACAUGGUUUACACCCGAGCUGUCGUCAAGGAGGUCUUGAGGAUCAGGCCACCUGUGAUCAUGGUGCCCUACCUCACCACCAAGCCUUUCCCCGUCUCCCCCGAGUACACUGUCCCCAAGAACUCUAUGAUCAUCCCCGCCUUCUGGAACUCGCUCCACGACGACACGGUCUACACCAACCCCGACGCGUUUGCCCCCGAACGAUGGCUGCCCAACUCGGACGGCUCGUCCCCUCUGGCCGAGAGCAAGCCGCAAAACUACAUGGUGUGGGGAUCAGGACCGCACAAGUGUAUCGGUGUGCAGUAUGCUAGUAUGCAUUUGGCGGCGACCCUGGGGACGGCGAGUGUGUUGAUGGACUGGGAGCACGAGAAGACUGAAUUGAGUGAUGAUGUGCAGGUUAUUGCUGCCAUCUUCCCCAAGGACCACUGUAAACUCAAGUUUACUCCUCGAGCCCCUCCUGCUUAA